GUUCAAAAGAACACCAGCUACUGCCUGAAAGAAAUGCGCUCAUGCAGCAAGAUGACAUUUCAGGAAAUUUGACAGGAGGUAUUAUAUUUGACGUGUGUAAUAUCCCACAUAUGAGGCUCUUCAAUGAGGUUCAGAGGGAAAACUGUGUUUUCGAGCAGCUACGUCUCCACAUGUCUCUACCGACACCAGCUGUCUGUCCCGGUCCAGUGGAACCUCCACAGAACUUAUUGCACACAGCAACAAAGCCCGAAAGAUGAGCCGAAUAAAAUGACGUCUGUGAAAGAGCGCACAGCAUCUGCGUUGACGUAUGCUGGAGAUCUGGGGAAACAAUGGGGCCGAAAUUUGGUGAAAACCACUACAGUGACCGUCAACUACUGGUGGGAGCGCUAUGAAGAGUUUGUCGGGCUUAAUGAAGUCCGAGAUGCUCAGUCUAAUGUCACAGAGGCUGAAAAGGCCUUCAUGAUCGCCAGAGGAAUCGUCAGAGAAGCGCACACCAGCCUGGAGGCUCUACAGGUCCGGCUGAAGGAAGUGAGGGACCGUUUGGACCGCGUGUCUCGUGAAGAGGCACAUUACUUGGAGUUAGCCACUCUCGAACACAAGCUACUGCAGGAAGAACGGCGCUUCAGAACGGCGUAUGAGAACGCAGAAGGCGCCGAGCGAGAGAAGUUCGCGCUCUUCUCGGCUGCGGUCCGAGCAAGCCACGAAAAAGAAAGGACCAGGGCCGAACGUACCAAAAACUGGUCCGUGAUUGGUUCGGUGUUGGGCGCCGUCAUUGGUGUGAUGGGCUCCACUUAUAUAAAUCGGGUACGUUUGCAGGAACUCAAGAGCUUGUUGCUGGAGGCCCAGAAGGGGCCGGUGAGUCUUCAGGAAGCCAUUAAGGUCCAGGCCAGCAUGCAUAAAAUGCAACAAGACGAACUCAGCAACCUCAUCGACUCCCUCAGGGUGAGUGCGAAAGGAGGCGUGGAAGAUACGAAAACAGUCAAGCAAACAUUCGUCCCGCCAGCGACUGCCAUCGUCCCAUCCUCAGCAUCCAGUGCCUCAGAAGAAGCGCUUCAAGAGAUUCUCCAACACAGCCAACGAGCCCGAGGGCUCAUGGAGAGCCUGAAGCCACAGCUGGAGCAGCUGGAGGAGGGCGUCGGGAAGGUCGGGACGGAGAUACAAGCGGUGAAGACCACCCUGCAGUCUCGGCCCUUGGAGAGGCCGGUCAUUCAAACACGAGACACUCAGCUGUUUGUCUGCGACACAGAGAUAGUCGUUCAAGGCCUCGGUCACACUGAGAAAAGACUGGAGGCGCACAUCAACAAAACGAGUCUGUACAAUACAGUCCUGACCUGUGCCGCGUUCGCUGUGACUGUGCCAGUUCUGUACAUUAUGUUGAGAGGUACUUGAAAAGUGUGCAGGCAAUGUGCAGGCACUUUAGGGGCCAACACACUAUGAUAAUAAUGUAACUAAAGAGUACAAUUAUUGCUCACGGUUGUGAAAGAUUAAAUAUUGUCAAUACUAAAAA